CUCCGGCCGCCAGCAUCUGAUUAGAACCUUCUCCGAGACAACGGUCCUCGUUCCCCUGUCCAGCCCCCGGGAUCGGCACUUGCAGCGGGCGCCCUCUGGGUCCCAACCCGGGACAUGUGGACUGGAAGCGGUUCGCACAGCCGGCCGGGGUCCCCAUUGGGGAGCAUGUCCUAAGGUUCUCUCCGAGGCACAGAUCCGGUCUCUUCCUGCGCUCCUUGGGGUUUGAAUCCAGAUAGCAGCCAUGUCUGACGCUGUUGAGAUCAGUCCCAGUCAGCCGGAGACAUCACCUACAAAAGUGUCUAAAAAGGAGAAAAAACGAGGUCCAGAGAAGACCGAGGAGUUUCUCUUGGCGAGGUUCAAAGGUGAUGGGAUUCGCUACAAAGCUAAGAUCAUCGGUAUUGAUGACGUGACGGAUGCCCGAGGGGACCAAAUGUGUCAGGAUUCGAUGAUGAAAUUGAAGGGCAUAGCAGUAGCUGGUCGGGCUCAAGGACAGCACAAGCAGAGGAUCUGGUUAACCAUCUCCCUGUCUGGGAUAAAGCUGAUCGAUGAAAAAACAGGCGUGAUUGAACACGAACACACCGUCAACAGGAUCUCGUUCAUCGCCCGUGAUGUCACGGACAAUCGUGCCUUUGGUUAUGUGUGCGGCGCAGAGGGUCAGCACCAGUUCUUCGCCAUCAAGACUGCCCAACAGGCCGAGCCUCUGGUAGUGGACCUGAAGGAUCUCUUCCAACUGGUGUACAACCUGAAGAAAAAGGAGGAAGCUGAAAAUCAAACUAAGGAUGACAGCAAGCCCAUUGAGAAUGGAAAUCCACUAUUGAACUUCGACGAUGAGGUAUCCAGUGCUAAGAAUGGCAUCGAUCAGCUGCAGCUGUUUGGAGACAUGUCCACUCCCCCUGACAUCCACUCGCCCUCGGAAAACAAUGACGGCUCUUUGGGUUGCUUGUUGGACUUGUCCUCUCCUGAAAUGGAUCCCUUGAACACGUGUGUGAAAGGCAAUCCCUUCCGUGAUGAGACCACCACUUCCUCACUCAACUUUUUCCCCACGCCUGACCCCAACCCCUUUGGAAAUGAUCCUUUCUCUGAACAUAACCAAUCAGUACCUCAGUCUGUUGAUUCUGCAAAUUGCUCCAAUCAGAAAGACGGAGUGCUUGCUUUCCUAGAUGCUGCCAGCAGUCUUGACUUUGACCACCUGUCUAGUCCAGUCACAAGCUCUAAGGUUGACUCAUCACCCUGGCCGCUGAAUGGAUUACCAGGCCAAGAACCAAGUGAUUCAGUUAGCAAGCCGGCACCCAAUCCUUUUGCUGAAAUCUCUGGCCCUGCACCAGCCACGCACAAUGGCUUGAAACCAGACACUCAAAGCGCUUCGACCAAGCAGAUGGAUUCCCUUCUGGGACAAGGUCUUGACUCCAUCACUUUGUCCCCUCCACCGCAGAGCGCCAAAGGAGGACGAGGCAGGCGAGCUAUCCAGACCAUGAGUGACAAUGUGGUAUCCAGUACCACUGUGGUUCAGUCUCCAGCACCGUCGGGUCUCGGUGCUUUGGACCUGUUCAACGUUGCGGUCUCCACAUCUUCUCUGGCCGGUCCAGGUUUGAUGGGACCUUCCCAGAACACGUGGGGGCAGCCGCUUGCUCAGCCUGGCCCACUGCCUCCAGGGCCUGUUCUUGGUGGUUCGGCCCCCUUUGUGCAGCCGGCUGUAUUCGGAGGGUGCCCCGCUGUGGUCUGGAGCCAACCGCCUUCCUUUGGCGCCACGCCAACUCCUUCCAGCUGGGCUCAGCUCUCCGUGCAGACACCACCACCACCGCCUGUGUGGGGCCAGCCACUCCCUCAAGCCCACCCGUUUGGGUCCAAUCCCUUUGCGCCCUCCCUUCCGAUGAUGCAGGCUCCAGCCAUGGCUUCAGGGCCCCCGCCUACCCCACCUCCACGGCCCGCCCCUCAAGCCGGACCCCAGGACUCAGCCAAGCAGCCCACCAGUGCCUUCACUGCCUUGGACCCCCUGGGAGACAAGGAGAAGAAGAGUAUCAAGGAGAUGUUCAAGGACUUCCAGAUCGCCAAGCCGCCCGCCAUUCCAGCGCGGAGAGGGGAGCAGCCAGCCGUUCCCGGGGCAUCCGGGGCCUUCGGUCAAUAUUUUGGCACCAAAGUGGGCGUGGCACAGGAAAUAGCCGAUCACGAUGACUUCGACAUCAGUCAGAUCUCUCCAGCUGAACCCAAUGAAUUACCGGAAGCCGCUGUGAGAGUGAGUGCCCACGCACCAAAUCCCUUUGAUUCAAUGGGAGACCCAUUUGCUGCCCCUCCCAUGACUGAUUCCGCACCUGCUCCCACUCCACAGCCAUCCUCCGACCCAUUUGGAGAUCACUUCAGAAACCCAUUUCUUUAACACCCGCCUCCCCAUAUUUGACUUUGACUCUCAACUGGUUUUUGCACACAAUGAAAGGGUUGACGAACGGAACUGGUUUCCUGUGGCAUACACACCUGUGGACUUCAAGCCUUGUAGACCAUCGGUUGGCCAAAACUGGUUUCGCAGCAACUGGACAGAUCUACAGUCAAGUUAACUCCAACUGACGGAGCUGAUUUUCAAACCUGAGUGUUUUGUCUCUGGGGAAAUGGAAGCCUGCCCAAGCUGCCUCUGGCUUUUGGUCUGCUGGAGAGUUUAAGCUCCUGUUUUCCUCUUGGUCCUUCAGUGGUCCUGUUGUAUUGAGCACCUUUGACUUGACUGCUGCGGACCUGCCUGGUUUUUUUUCAUGUGCCUUGCGUUGAUCUAGAUCUGUGCUUUUUUGGUGGUAUUUACUGUCCCUGCAAUGGAGGAUGUGUAGGUCCAUUGUAAAGUGGGGGGGGGAGAGAACCCAAGUAUGGGAAGUGUAUCUCCAUGGUAACCUCUCCGGAGGUUGAUCUCCACACUACAUGCCUAGCCCUUGUCCCAUUCUGUACGUCAUGUGUCUGACCUGGAUUACAGAUGUGGUGAGGUAUUUAGAAAUGCAAUGGGCAAGGACUUGGGAAUCGGGGAGCCUAGUCCAAGAUGAGGGAAUGCUAAUUUUGCACAGUUUUAAUGUAUUUUAAACUUCCUCUUCAAUGGAAGGUUUAGCACUAAGGUUAACAAAAGCCUGAUUAAACCAAAUGAAAUUCCCCCUGGACCUCCUAGGUGACAUCCAACGGUUAGCGUUCCCACUGGAGUAACCCUAAAGCCCUUACAUGGCAUGAAUGCUAUUUGAGUGAGACCAAUAUUGCUGCUGCUAUACCAACUCUACAUCCUCACAAGUGGUUCCCAUGCACACACCAUACUAACAGGUCAGCGGACGCUGCUCCUGAAUCUGUAUGUCACACUUAAACCUGCCCCGAACAACACCAGGAUCAACCCAGUGCAAGGCUUUGGAUCCUGUCAUGGUGAGUCUUGGAUAUUUAAAGCCAGUGUACGUGUCACUCCAAUUGAUCUGCUCGCCUGAUUGUAAGGUAACAUAUCGAGAUGUUCCACUGUAAAGGUAGCCUCUGAACAGGUUGUCUCACCGUGGAUACCUGCCAUCUUAAAGGUGUAGAUUUGAUAACAAGCCCAGGGUAAUCUUUGUUUGUAUGAGUAUCUCUCCUUCACUUGCCAGCACUCCACCCGCCAGUUCCUCGACAGCCCCAGUCCGCCUCCAUCCGACAUCUUAAAUUCUUCAAUAAACUGGAUCUAUCAGUAGAUAGUUUAAGCUUUAACCGUUGUAACUGUAACCAAUCUAAUGUGAUCUUUUAUUAAAUGUAUUAAU